AUGGAGGAACCACAGGACUACCUGGCCGAUGGGAGUCCCCUUAUUACUGCGGCUCAACUGGGCAAACUGAGACUGGUACGGCUGCUGGUGGAAGGUGGUGCCCAGAUUAACGAGCGAAACCAGAGAGGUGAGACGCCGCUGGUGGCCGCCUGUAAGGCCCUGAGAGGAGACCAGACGGGUAGCGCCAUGCUCCGACUCAUUCGGUACCUCCUGAAGAACCAGGCCGACCCAAACAGCCAGGACAAAGCCGGCCGCACCGCCCUGAUGUACGCCUGCAUGGAGAGGGCGGGGGUGGAAGUCGCCUCCACGCUCAUCUCAGCCGGCGCCGACCCCAGCAUGGAGGACUACGCCGGGGCUUCGGCGCUGGUGUACGCAAUCAACGCCCAGGACCAGCAGACGCUGAAGGUCUUGCUGGAUGCAUGUCGCGCCCAGGGUCGUGACAUCAUCAUAAUCGCCACAGACCUGACCCCGGACGGGGGGUCGGUGACCCGACGGUACCUGAACGUACCGCCCUCCCCUAACACCUCUCCCGUGACCUGCAUGUCGCCGUCGGACAUCGAGCUAAAGACCAACUCGCCGAACUCUGAGGCAGACGGGGAGAACAUCUUUAAUUUCGGGGGGGCCGGGAAAAGAGGCAGCUGCGUCAUGGCGUCGGCCCCAAGCCGCAGGGACGAAGGACCAAACCGGUACCGGCUGCGCUCAGAACCUUGGCUGGCCAUUAACAACCUGGCCAACCUCAGCCGAAUGUACGAGGAGAACCUGAGACAGGGAACUGUACGAGAGGAAGAGGAAGGAGAGAGCGAGGAAGUGGUGGCACGUUGUCAUGACGACACCAAUCAGCCGACAAAUCAGAAAAGCCCUCCUCCAGUAGGAAGCCAACCAGAUAGCUCUUCUUCUUCUUCUUCUUCUUCUUCUUCUUCAAAGACUGCUGAUCUGAAACUGAGGACGGCAAGAGCAUGCGGGAGGCCGAUACCCACGGGCCUGGAGCGACUGCAGAGCAGGAGGAACACUCUUCCAUGUCUUGAGGGCCCGGGUCUGCUACAACUACCCACCCUUUCCCUUGAUCUCUCCGCCUCUGAUCCCCACCUGCAUGGCCUCAGCACGAGCCCAACCAACAACUCUCCCUACCACCUCUCUCCUCGCAGCUCCAGCUCCCUCUCUCUGCCGCCCCCUAGAGGCACACGUAGGUAUGACAAACUCAACAAGAGCAAGCCCCAGGAAGUGCUGUGUUUACGGCCACAGGUGCGAGGUGGCUUUUUGCCUCCUCUCCCUGUCGGCUCAACAGUGAGUAUGUCUCUGCAGCCUGUCUCCAGAGAUCCAUCCACUGGACCCCCUACUGGAGAGACUCAAGCCCAAAAACAAGAUGUCCAGUGGGGCAGGAAGCCAUCCCGUCGGCACUCUAUCCAGCUGGAGCAAGUGGGCAGCUCUGAGGAGAUCCUAUAUGUUCUAUAA